AUGGCCAGAGUCACGUUUAUCAUAACUGGCUUUUCUUCCUUCCAUGGCGUCGAUGAGAAUCCAACUGAACAACUUAUUAAAUGGCUUCAAUUACAGCUCAGGGACGGCGGCUUGCAACACAUGCAACAAGAGAUUGAGGUACAGGUCACGGAUAAAGCAGCAGCAGCAGCAGCAGCUCAUCUUGCAGCCGCAGCCGUUGCCGCACCGCCUCAGCCUGAUCGGCAGCGCCUAGUGUUGCUGCACCUCGGAGUCGCAUCGACAGCGACGCGGUACCAACUGGAGUCGCGCGCCUACAACUGCGCCGAUUUCCGGGUCCCCGAUGAGGCAGGCUGGCAGCCCGUGAUGGAAGAGAUCGAGGCCGGUCGGGGAUUGGGGAUGUGGGUCGGGUCCCGGCUGCCACUGGCGGGGGUUUGCGAGCGGCUGGCGGCUCGGGGCCAUAGUGUGGUUGUGUCCGAGGACGCGGGACGCUUUGUUUGCAAUUGGGCUUAUUAUCGGGCAUGUGGAUUGGCGGAACGGUUAGGCAUGGAGGCCAUCUUCGUGCACGUGCCUCCGUUUACGGUGUUUGGUGAAGACAAGCAGCGAGCGUUCAUACUUGACGUGAUACAAGUAAUUGCGGAUGUGUUAUAUCUUCCGCAGCCGGGGAAAACAUACGGUAAUGUUGUCGCAUGA